AUGAAUAAACAACUUACUAAUAACUUACUAAAUAAUUUAAUGAAUAAGGUCAUUAAAAAUGCCACCAAACAAUCCAAAUCACAAGAAUGUGAAAAUAGAUCAUCUUUAGUAAGAUCUUUGUUCAAUGAUGAAUCCAAAUUAGAUGUAGAUAACCAAAGCAAACUAAUAAAUAAUUUAGUUAAUGAAGUUAUUGAAUAUUCUCAUAAAUUCUUCAGAUUACAUGAUGUAGAAUAUGUUAGGCAAUCAUCAUUUGUUGAAUUAUCAUCUAGCAAUAAAGCCAAAUUAAAAAAUACAAAAGUUAAUAAUAAUAAUCUAACUAUAUUAAGUAAUAAUAUAUCUAAUGAUAUGUUAAGUAAAAUUAAUGAAUCUUAUCUGUCAAGUAAAGUCAACAAGCCAUAUUUUUCAAAUAAAGUUGAUGAAAUCAAAGAAUCAUAUUUCUCAGAUAAUAUCAAUAAACUAUAUCUAUUUAAUGAUG